GCAUGUCAUUAUCAUUUUUGACGUUUGUGCGGUAAUGACAUUGGUUGCUGCGGAGUAAAUUUCGUGUGGACAAAAUAUUAAUUUAUUUAUCGCAAUGAGUGCACAAAAACCUGAUGACGAUUUCCCAUCACCCAGCCACUUCGAGGAGUGCGAUAGUCCCAGAAAACGUCCAAGAUUGGACAACUCGUCGCGAAAAAGCUGGAGUCUCAUGGAUCGGAGGACGGAUCAGGAGGUUCUCCAAGAAAUGGGGGUCAGCUUACUAGAACCAGAUGAGCUUGAGGGCCUGUGCGAUGUACUCAACAGUGGUCACUCACACAAAACAUUGAAGAGGAAACGGGACAUAGAAAACGUGAAUCCGAACGUGUUGGUGACGUCACCGUGCAAGUCCGUCCCCAAGAGUCCUCGCGGGAAGGUGUGCAGCCCCAGUCCUGGGCCUUCCAAGGCCAAGAGCCCUAGGAGUACGGAGAAAGGUGAGACAACUCGUCCCCUCCAACCAACAGAAGUCCUAGAGACUACACUUCUAGAGGAAUACCUGAUUGACGAGGAAACGCCUUUAGCGCAAGUCACCAGCGCGCCACAAGAGUUCAGCUGUGUGGACAGGAAACACAGCUUCUAUACACCUCUUGGCCAAGAAGAAGAGCUCAUAAUCAACAGAAGAACCAAGUGCGAGCCGUCUGGCGAAGACACCUUCAACGUACUGUCCGACGAAAUGAUCCUCAGCGUGUUUAGAUGGCUACCGAAGAGAACCUUGGCUCAUUGUAUGCUGGUUUGCAAAAGGUGGCAUAGAGUGGCGUGCGACGAGACCCUGUGGCAAAGGCUAGAUCUAGGCAACAAAACACUUAAUAAGGACGCGCUAGGCAAAAUUCUAGACCGAAAACCAGUCAUAGUAAGGCUCGCUAGUUCAGAGAUAGGAGAAUGGCAUCCAACCACACCACCUUCGUCAUGUAGAAUCCAAUACUUAGACCUCAGCAUGAGCACCAUAGACCUCAAAACUCUGGAUUGUCUAUUGGCUCGCUGCACGGGACUGAAGAAACUUAGCUUGGAGAGCGUGCAGGUGGAGACUAGCACGUGUGUUCUUAUCGGUAAAUGUAGCAAUUUAGAAACAUUAAACGUGACGAUGGCGCAAGGGAUCUUAGAAGACGGAUUAACUGCAAUUUUAACAGGAUGUCCUGGCCUCCAAUCCCUGAACAUAUCGUGGUGUAACCUCAGCGAAGAGACGCUGGAGAUUUUAGUCACGAUGCUGCCGCCGAAGCUGCAGCGACUUAACGUGGGCGGCUCUAGAAUUAUGACCAAUGAAAUGGUAAUCAAGCUAGUGGAGCGCUGCCCUCGCCUGCUUGAACUAGACCUAUCAGACUGCUCCCGGGUGUCAGAGCCGGGAGUCCGCGCUGUACAAACGCUCACCCGUUUGGAACAUCUAGCGUUAAGCCGCUGCUACCUGCUGCCGCCCAGAGUGUUAACGAAACUAAGCUGCAUGGUGUCUCUCCAAUAUCUGGAAGUGUGGGGCAUGUUGGCUCCUGCGUCCUUGAACGCGCUGCGAGCGGCGCUGCCCGCGAUACACCUCAACCAAUUCAUGUUCAGCGCCAUCGCCCGACCCACAGUCGGCACCAGAAGAACGUCGAUUUGGGGCCUCCGAACUCGAGACUGAUAUUUAUUUAAACUAAUUUGUAAAUAUUUAUUUUAAUUUUAAGUCUCAUGAAAUUGUUGCGAGUCUACUUUGAGAUAUAUACUUGAAUAUUAUUUAAU